UUUUUGGAAGUGUUGGCCUUUAGGUAGAUACAAAUUGUUCUGGGUUUUUUUCUUUUUUUUUUUGGAUUGGAAUCUGCAAGUUUACGAAGUGCUAAACAUUUCCUUCUUCGUUCAUCAGCCAAACUCCUAAUUCGGACUUAAUGACGAAGUCAGGGUUAUUCAUCUUGUGCAUGCUGCGCCCCCUUUCUUUUGACGUCCAAGUGCAAGAACAGGAGAUAGGAGCUGCCCAGUGGAUGCCUUUUGAGGAAUAUGCAGCUCAGCCAUUCAAUGAGAAGAACAAGUUUGUGAAGCAGAUGGAUGAAGUGUGCAGGGCAAAGAUGGGUGGCCAUUAUUCUGGGUUUAAUGCAGUUCCUUCAUCUUCACCCUUCCCUAACAGAAAGAGCUUUCAUGUACUUGAAUUCUGGGGAUCUCAUGCAUAACAACGGUUCUCUCUAACCUGCUACUAAUAUUU